AGCUGCACCAUGUACAUGAGUCCUGUGAGCCUCAUUCCCCAUACCCAGGUAGACUGCACUUACAUUCAGCGAAUAAAACAAAAUGUCGUCCUACCGGGCUCGAGGAGGACGAGGCGCUCAACAGUCAUAUCGCCAUCUCCCAUCGACUCACCAAGACGAUUUAUAUGACGACGUCUCAAAACCUCAGUCACCCACCCACAGAAACACCCCUCCUCAGUCCAGACGAAGUCCUCCGCAUGAUACAUCCAGAGCAAUGGCCGGUAGCGCUCAAGAAGAAUUCCACAUUCGUGGCCGCAGUGCUCGAAGUCCCGACCGGAGAUAUCAACGCGAGCAGGACGGACUGGACUACUACGACAGAGAGGACGAUCGGGCUUACAACGACCGUGCGUCGCCAUCGCCUCGUCGUGGCAGACAAUGUUAUGACCGAGACCACCCACAUUCCUCGCGCAGUCACCCCAGCCGGAGCCGAAGCCGAAGCAGAAGACGGAGUCCACAUGGAGACAGACCACAAAGUCGAGGGCGGCCAAGCAAAGAAGUGAUGAUGGAAGGGUUGGCGCCACACUUGACUGAGAACGAUAUCACUUCAGAAUUGAAACAAUACUACCAUGUGCAACAUCUGGACGACGUCCGCGUCAUUCGUGACCGACAGACCAAGCAAUCGAGACAGUUUGGCUUCCUACGCUUUACGACGUUGCAAGAGGCAGAGGACUUUAUGGACCACAAUUAUCCUGUCCUUUACCUUUAUGGUGACAGCACCAAGUCUAAUGGAGAUGCUUCCAAAGUUCGGAUAACAUUCGGUCGCGAACGUAAAGAACCACCUCGUGCAGAGGAUGCAGACUGGAUCUGCCCAAGCUGUAAUAUCAACAACUUCUCGACCAGGAAUAGAUGCUUCAGAUGUCAGGAAUUCAGACCAGAACCUGGUUAUGAAGUCCUUGCGAAAGCCGUCAAUGUUGGAGACAACGACACUUCCCAAGACAAUGCACCAUCGCAAUUUCUACUUUUGAGGGGACUUGAGCCUUCGGUGACAGAAGAGUUGCUGGUGAAAGGAGUGUCCAAACUUAACAAACCAAGUGCUUCUGGCGCACAGAAAGAGGAGACCUCCACCAAGAAAGGUGCAAAAGUUGCUUCCACGACCGGAGAUGCAAACCUAGGCGCAAAAGAAGGCACUUUGCGGCGUGUACUCCUCGUGCGUGACCGGAGAACCAACGACAGUUGGAGGUAUGGUUUCGCAGAAUAUGCUUCUAUUGAAGACGCACAAGCUGCAGUAACGAGGUACAACUCCUUCGACCGAUUCACUAUUGCGUCAAAGCAGGUCUUGGUCAGCUUCAUUCAUGCUGGUGUUUUUGUGCCAGUCCUCGGUCCUUCUCCGGACACUGAACGCUUCACUUUCAGCCCGAUUGGCAACCCUGCAAUGAAGCUAGCGUAUUGGGACGAGGAUGCAUAUGUCACCGAGUUGGCAGUAUCUAUGCCUACUCCUGCAAAUCGAGAUGUGAAGCCCGCUUCGAUCCCGGCGGAUCUAGGAGGUCUGAAAGCAAAAGAGUCAGACAAGAGCAAGAAGCGAAAAGCACAAAUCGAAAGCGAAGCUGCUGGUGUCAAGAAGCCGGCGCCGUCACAUCUCCAAUUUUGGAGCAGCAGGCAUGCCGAGCUUCAUGGCAUAAAGGCGAGCAAUAGCGAUGCUUCCAGGUCGACCGAGGACAAUGGUGCACCACCAAGCCAGUCGUACGCCGACCCAAAUAGACACUGCUGCUAUCUCUGCAUGCGCCAAUUCAACACUGCCGCCGAGGUCAACAAGCACGAACGCCUGAGCGACUUGCACCGCCAGAACCUGCAGGAUGAACUCAAAGUCAAGAAAGCGACCGGAAAGCUUGAGAAGCAUGGUAUUCAACAUCAACGAGCAGGCGAAACGCAACAACAAUAUCGAGACCGUGCACGCGAAAGACGGAAGAUCUAUGGUGUCGUCAACAAGAAAGGAGAACAAGUUGGAGCGGGUCCCAAGUCGUCGAAGGCGUCAGAGUCUGAUGACGAGGCUGCGCCAGCUGUACAGUCCAAGGGCGCUUCGCUGUUGAGCAAGAUGGGAUACACGGCUGGUCAGGGCCUGGGUGCUUCGGGAGAGGGCAUGACGGCGCCCAUCAGCCAGGAUAUCUACGUUGCUGGUGUGGGAUUGGGUGCUCAAGGUGGGAGAGUCGGUGAUGCCGUGGCAGAGGCUGAGAGGAACACGAAGGGCAAUUAUGAGGAUUUCGCCCAGAAGACUAGAGACGGCGCAAGGGAGAGGUAUGCCAGGCUGGGAUAGUCGCCUCUGGAUUCUGAGUGGUGGGAGCGUCUACCUCUGCAACACUGUCUAACCAGGAUCAACAAAGUCCUGACAUCGAGACUUCGUGUCCGCAGAAUGCCAAUCCUCUCGGAAUUUGGUUCAAUUGUGAGCGUGUUAGCCUCACCUAGAUGGACGAUUUCACUGCUGUCACGACUACUCGUGCAUCCAAGACAUUGUGCUUCGACCUUCUUCAAGCUUGCUUCUCUC